AUGGCUCCCGCAAAAUCUGUCACAGUCAUAUCGUCUCCUUAUCAUAUUGGUCUUCGAGAUGUUGCUGUUGGCGGUGGACCAACCGCACUGCUCAAAGCUGGCUUUGUCGAUGCCAUUUGCAAGCAGGGCGUAACUGUCCACCAAAUAGAGCUCGAUCCGGUUGACGAACUUGAUGGCGAUAUAAGCCGCGUUUUUGAACUGUUGCGUCGCACUUCAAAGACUGUAGCGCAAGUAGUCCAAGAAGGUUCGUUUCCAAUCAUCUUGGCUGGUAACUGCUCAACUACGGUUGGUGUACAAGCUGGCAUUGCUACAGCCCUUGGUAGCGUACCUUCUUGUGUCUGGUUCGAUGCCCAUGAUGACUUCAACACGCCUGAUGUUCUCACCAGCGGGUAUUUUGACUCAAUGGGUGUUGCCAUGAUGGCGGGGUUGUGCUGGAAGACUCUUCUGGGUAGCAUCCCCGGAUUCAAGGUUUUAGAUCUCACGCGUGAUUUCGUACACUGCGGUAUGCGCGACGUCACUGAUCUCGAGCGCUCACGGGUCAAAGAAGCUGGUUUCUCUGUUAUUUGGGGAAACGAGGAUAAGCAUGUGGAUUUCGAGGUGGAACUGAGCGAGGCCCUCGCCAAGAAGAAGCUAGGAGAAACGAUGGUGCAUUUGGACCUCGAUGCACUUGAUAUUUCGGUUGGGGAAGUGAAUAAGUUCUCUGCCGCAGGUGGUUUGCUAGAAGAGGAUCUGGUCAAGUGUCUGAGGAUGGUUUCUAGCAAGACCAAGCCUGUAUCUUUGACUGUUGCAUCAUUUGAUCCUUCGUUUGACGAGUGCGGGAGAAUACCGCCUGUUGCUAUCAAGAGAGUGGUUUCGUUUAUUAGGAGUUUGAUUGCUGAAGGUAUUUUGGAAGUGUGA